UACGUUGGCAGUGGUGGGGUUGGGGCGGGGGGGAAUGGCUUCCAGCUUUAGGAAGUCAAACCCAUCCUCUACUAGCCAGAAAAGAAGGAUGAGUCCGAAGGCUGAACUCACUGAAAAUCAAAAACAAGAAGUCCGAGAAGCAUUUGACCUCUUCGAUGCUGACGGCAGUGGGACCAUCGACGUGAAGGAGUUGAGGGUGGCCAUGAGAGCGCUGGGCUUUGAACCCACGAAGGAAGAGGUAAAGAAGAUGGUCUCCGAAAUCGACAAAGAAGGCACAGGGAAAGUCAGCUUUAAUGACUUCUUGGCCUUGAUGACUCAGAAAAUGGCUGAGAAGGACACCAAAGAAGAAAUCCUGAAGGCUUUCAGGCUCUUUGAUGAUGAUGAAACCGGGAAGAUCUCCUUCAGGAACCUAAAACGUGUGGCCAGUGAGUUGGGGGAACACCUCACUGACGAGGAGCUGCAGGAAAUGAUCGAAGAAGCUGAUAGGGAUGGAGAUGGUGAAGUGAACGAGGAAGAGUUUCUUCAGAUCAUGAAAAAGACGAACCUAUAUUAAAGCCAGCCUCUCCAGCAAGUGUGUGUAGCAAAAUCAAAGGACUUGCUGAGUUCCUUUCUUCUGUUUUGUGAAAUCUUCACUUAAAGGACAGCGCCCAUCUCUCCUUUUCCUCCUAAGCUGUCUAGAUAUAUUUAUAUCCAAAUCUCGGGGCUCAAUUAUAGAAUUUCAAAGAUGUUUUUAAUGUGAGUUUUGAUUUUUAAUUCUCAAGAGCCGAGCUGGAGGUUGAAUAAAGGGCCCUGAAGCUUCAGUCCCAUCCACCAUCUGCCUUGCAUGGGUGGACAGUCUUUAAAGGGCAGAAUGGUUUCUCCUUACAAAGAGAAACACUUUUCUUGUUUUUUCUUCGGUGGUCUUAAAUUAUCAUGCUUCAUGUAUUAUUCCUUAAAUUCUGGCCAUUAGGUUGGAAUCUGCUAGUGGAUUAGUUGCUAGCAGAUUAGUUUAGUUAGUGCUUUUCAUUUGACUAAAGUUAGUGCUUUUCAUUUCCACUGCUUUGAAGGAAAAUGGUGUGACCAUUUAUUGGCCUAUGAAAGAUAUUGUUGUAAAGCAUGGGCCUGCCUUUGGCUGUUGGU